AUGUCUUCACCAACCCCGUCACCACCAAGCCUAGUUACUGAUGAAGAGGACUCUAGAGAUUCCACUGAAUCAGAUAUUUCAAAUUCAAGUAUGCCGAAGUUAGAGACUGUUCCUCUAUCGCAGAGAGAUGACUGUAAACCUAGUGGAGUUACGUCUCAUGGCGUUGAAGACAUAUUAGCUGAAGGUGUCAACUAUAACGUUCACGACAACGUAUAUUCUGAUUGUAAGCCAGAAGAUACAAUAUCUAACGCUUUUGUACAAGAUUAUAACUCAAGAGAUUCCACAGGGUUUAGCAUCCAUGACAUUCUUGGGUUGCAACAAUCCUACAAUGCCAAUUGUCGAGAUGAAUUAGAAUCACGAUAUGAAUAUCAAAUUCCCAAUUACGAAAAUAUCAGCAAUAACUCCAACAACUAUGGUUCUGGAACUGAAGAAGUUGUAUCCGAAGCGUGUGUUGAGAAAACCGACGUCUUCAGUCCAGCUGCGUCGCACCUUGGAAAUCAAGUUGUUUAUACCAGAAACUAUGCUGUCAACGAACUUGUUCGAUACCACGAAAGAAGUAAUUUAAACAACGAAGUCACUAAGGAACCUGCAAGAGAUAUCAAUGAUAUUCAUGACCAUAACUUUUCAACUCAGAAUACUUCCUGGAAUAGUAAGCCUGUAUCCAGUACAGCUGUUGGUAGCUCCGCGUCUUUAACAACAUCUGAAAUGUCAACCGACUCAUCGUAUACGAAAGGUUUUACAAAAAGGGCCCGAACAGCCUAUACGAGCUCACAGCUUGUUGAAUUAGAAAAUGAGUUUCGUGAAACUCGUUACCUCUGUCGACCACGACGAAUUGAACUCGCCAAUUAUUUACAACUUACGGAGCGACAAAUUAAGAUCUGGUUCCAGAAUAGAAGAAUGAAAUACAAGAAAGACAACAAACAUAACAAGCCAUCCUCGUCGGUGGAUGAUAGCAGUCCUUCAAGCUCCAAGGAGAUGUCACCAAAUCGAGAUCACAAAAUGACUCAUGGAAGAAACUGUGGUGGACAUGAUCGACACAGACGUCUCAUGUCUGACAACAACGCAACUCACCAUAAAAUUUAUCUUCAACCGAACGACGGUAUUCCUAGGCCACCAGAAUACACCGCUAUUAAUCCAUUGAAAACAAUUUUAAAAGGGCCACAAAAUACUGUAGAAUUGCCUGCGUAUACACCAAACUUGUCUUAUCCGCCUUACUAUCCAGGAGUACCAAACAGAGCCACUUACUCACCGAUGCCUGAGGUUUAUCGAUACGGCAACGAUGACUCACUGCCACCGAAUUCUAAUACUCUGUCUUCGUUAGCAUCUGAUAGCUACGUGCCGAACGGUGCUAACAUAAAACUAAAUGAUGAUUUAGUAAGGUUUGGUGCCGGGUCAUCUUACUAUAAUCCAAUGCCAAGCGCUGUUAUUCCUCCAACAACUGCAGACACCUAUGGCUUUGCUCCAACUUUACCAUCAGCAUCGAUGACUACUUAUGAUGAAAGCAGAACACCAAACUUGACUUUGGGUCAAGAUCCGUACUUCUCAUAUUUGAUUACUCCGGAUCCUGCAAGUCAACCUCAACCUUCGACUCCAACCAAAUAUUCUACGUCUUAUAUAUCUCUAUAG